CAAAACCUCAGGGGGAGCAAUGCAGUCAUUUUGUUGAACUCAAUUUUUUCCCUAAAUACUUCAAAGAUGCUCCAUCUUAAAAUCUUGAAAUUUUUCAAGGAAUCUGCUAGUUCUUGUGGUUUGGAUUUGGUUUGGUUGGUUGGUUGUUGUUUUGGUUUUUUUUUCCUUGCAUUCCCUCAUUCCAUUCAAAAUGGAAAGAGCAGCAGAGCAGAGCACAGGUGAAGAUUUUUGAGUUCUGAGUGAUGUGACGUAGUUUUCAGUACUUCAUAUUCCUUUGUUCACCCAUUCUAACAUUUCGUUUUUCUAAGCAACAGUUUUCAACAAGCUAUUUAGAGUGAUCCCAGUUUAUUUAUGAGUUGGUCUGAGUCUGUCAGACAUCACAAGAAAAUUUAAACUAGUCCCUUCCAGUGUUUAAGCCAAUCAAAGUCUCCAGCUGCUCACUCUGCUGUUAGAUGAGGAUAAACCUCAGAGUAGAAUGGAAUCAGUUGUGGCAGGAAACAAGCUCCUCUCAGAAUUGCUGAGUUUACAGAGUGCAACUGAGGAAAUCAAAUUCUUUCAUGAAGACUUAAUUUGAACUCACCAAAUAAAAUGGAUUAGAAAAAACGAAAGCUCUUUCUCAUCCUACGCCAUUUGCUGACUUAUAUUUGAAAAGAGUACUAAUGGGACUUAACAGUUGGGGUACCUCUCUUAUGCACACAGGCUUUGACUGUGGUUUGGUUUUCAUGAACAGUGGGAUUUUUUCUCCCCAGGAUGGAAAGUAAGAACCUCUUCCUAAGCCUAUUGCUCUGCUACAGUUUGCUCAGAGCUGCCAGUUCUCACCUGGUAAUCGAGGAGAAGACAGAAUGCAACCUGUCAAAGAACAACAAAAUGAACCUCCCAGAUCUCCCACCCAUCUCCAUCGUAGAUUUAACUAAAAGAUCCCAGAAAGUCAGCAGAAAAGAGGCAGAGAAUAAGAAAUCUUCCAAGAAAAAUGCUGAACCGAAGAAACCUCCAAAACCAAGGCCCACACCUGCUGCUGACUGCGUGCCAAACUUCAAAACCUGCAAACCACACUUGAAUUCCUGCUGUAACUACUGUGCCUUGUGCAAAUGCCGAAUUUUUCAGACGAUCUGCCAGUGUCUACUGUUAAACCCAAAGUGCUAAACCAAAUCAGGAACAUAUUAAGGCUGCUGUCUUUCAUUAGCUUCUCGAGUGUAUAUGUCAAACUGCCUAAUGCAUGUAGCAAUCGAAGUAGAGAGCUUUGAAGCUGGUAGGUUGGAUUUGUUUCUCUUCAAUGGACAAUUGUUUUCUUCAUGGAGUUGAUGCUGUCAUAAACAAAAUGGUUUUUUUAGGAAGCUGGCAACCAGGAAGAUAGACUUUGAACAGGCAUUCUUGGCAGAACUAACUUGCAUUUAAGGAGAAUUCUAGGUACUUGGUGUUUGGGAAUUUUUAGGGUUGUAAUUUGUUUUUUGUCUGUUUGCUUGUUUUUCUUUUUUGGUUGGUAACUGGGUUUUUUGUUCUUUUCUUUGAGAAGGGUUUUAUUAACGAAACAUUUCAAUGUAUCUAACCAGCACUGCAAAACCUGCCUACAAUCAACCACACUGAAAAAGGACUUCUCAAUCUCAUGUGAGACCAGAGCUUAGGUUUGCUCUCAAGGACAGCACAGCACAGGCUUCCAGCAGAUCCAAUAUGGAAAGCUGAAAAUGCAAGUUUCCUGGUUAACUCCCCUCUCAUACGUUCCACAAAAAUUAGGACUAAAAUCUUUGUAGGUUACUCCAGCUGAAGGCCAUAGCAGCAAAGUUUGGCUCGAAACAAACAUCUUCCUCUUCUUGUGGAAGCUCUGUGCCUUAAUACUGAGUUAUCCCAGAUGACAUAGCAGAGAGCCUUCCCUGCUGAGCUACUAGGAGAAAGGUCAUAGCAGAGCAAGGAGGGAGCAGACCUAGCAGUGCCCAACAUGAAGACUAUUCAUCUGCCAGACUCCAGCUCUCCUGCUUUCCACCUUUUCUGUUCUGCAUCUGCCGUAUUCCUCUCUUUCCCAGAGUGUAUGCACUCUUUUUCCUCCCAUGGGCCUCUUGAUUUUAGUCUUUUCCCUUCCUCCACCAUUAUGGUUAGUCACCUGAGGAUCCCUGAAUUUUCUAAUGCUCUGCAGUUCCAAUUUGAAGGAAAUUUCUCAGGUGAUUUAUUUCUAAGAGCAGCUGAGGGCUACAAAAUCUUCUAGGCGGGCAAAGACAAUAUAGACGAUAAAUAGUCCCUAAAGUGGCUCAAGCCUUCAAACAUCAGUUCAAAGCCCAGAGCUUUAAAUAUAGGCUGGGUGUUGACAGAAAUAUCUGUUCACCUUCUUAGAGAGAUAUACAGUUGACAGAGAGUUUAAUCUGAGAGCCUGAAUGAUGGCAGGAUGUCACUCUGUUCCUCAUCCAGCUGUCAUGGAUGAUGCAAGUUUGAAUUCUUUUAGAUGUGUGUUACUACUUCUUUUAAUCAGAUAUCCUGGCUCAGGAGUCCAUGAGCUGUGGUACAAAGAGCAUGAGAAGAAAUACAACAUGGUGGUGGGUUUGGGAACAGAAUUUGACACCUUCUUUUCCUAGGGAAGCCGUACGUUCUUGACAAGCUGUUCCAAAGUUUUCAUAAGAAGGUGACCUCAGUUGAUAUUAAAAUGAUAUCCAUAAUCACACAAUUUCUACCGUGGAAACAAGUGCUUGUCUAAUCACAAGAGGCCACAGAAACUGUGCUCUAACAGGAUGAAUGGAAGCAGUGGAGGAAAUGGAAAGAAAGGGGGGCAAAAGUCCAACAGCAUGUGCUGUUCUCUCAGCAAUAACUCUCACUUCUGCUUGGCUGUCUGCUGAGGAAUUGGGCAGUACUGAGACCCAGGGUGAGGAGUGAGAGACAUAGAAGCUGACCCGGCUUAUCCAGGGCAUGAAAGAAGAACACAGACUAUUCCACAUAAGAAUAAUGAGAUUUGUUGUGAAACAUACAGCACUUCCUUUAUAAUACAGCAUUUAUGCAUAGUGUGUUUUGACAGAUUCGGUUUAUUAAUAAACCUUCCUUU